AUGCUGGACCUCCGCAAGCUUAACAAGGAGGACUUCGAGCAGGCCAUAGCCACCUUCAUCGAGCGUGCUCUUGACCUCGAACGGCCGGAAGAUCUGAACAAAGACGAGCCGAUUUAUAACAGAAGCUAUCUCCAGAUCGACCCCGUCACGCACGGAGAGUAUAACCUCACCCCGGCCGUUCUCUGGUCGCUGAUAGUUAUGACACUGACCUCCUAUGGCCUUACAAUGUUUACUGAGGACGACUGUCUUUGCGUGCAAUAUGGCAAAAUAUACAAGUUUCCCAUCGAGCCGGCAGACGAAGACGUUCUCAGAGAGAUACACUAUGCCAUACACGUUGAAGCGACAGAAGACUUGGAACUCUUCCCCCAGACCGAAGAGGAGAUCGUGGCAGCGUUCAAACAGAUACUUGGCGGACAGAUAGAAUUCCACAUCCGACCCAAGUAA